GACAUUCUAUCGCUUCGAGGCUGCCUGGGACAGCGCCAUGCACAACUCCCUCCUCCUGAACCGUGUCACUCCCUACGGAGAGAAGAUCUACAUGACCUUGUCGGCCUACCUAGAGGUAACAUAUUACACAGUGGUAUACAGUACGUAGUAUAUCGUUGUAUAUAGUGUUAUAUAAAUGACCUUUGUCGGCCUACCUGGAGGUAACAUAUUAUAUAGUUAAUAAUACAAUAUAUUCGAUUUAUCAGACGCUUUUAUCCUAAUCAAGCGGGAAUCGAACCCAUGACGUUGCAAGCACCGUGCACUACCGUCUGAGGACCACAUAUAGUUCUACAGUUAUACUGUACCUCUACAUGAUCCUUCCUGCCUAUCGCGAGGUAACACUAGAUCCACAAAGACCAGCUGAGAAAAUCUAGACUCUUCUCAUAAUGACUGGUUCAGAUUUUGUCAGUUGCGUUUCGGAAUUUUAGAACUAUGGAACCACAACAAUAGGUCGUUUUUUUUUUCUCCCACAAGGCCAAACUGUCAGACUGUUUAAACUGUACAUCACCCUGUUGGUUGAUCUGAAUCUGGAGAUACUGUAUAACCACAUUGGCAUUAGUUAAGGCUCCAUGCUCUCAGACUGCUGACCUCUCAGGAAGACUUUAGUUACUUACUGUAACUGUUUCAGAAAUGAUCCCUGCACUUCACUUACAGUACUAUCCAAAAUGAUCCCGUCUGUAUCUGGACUUACUGACUGUAUCUGGACUUACUGACUGUAUCUGGACUUACUGACUGUAUCUGGACUUACUGACUGUAUCUGAUGUUAUGAUCUAAGAGGCAGAGAGAUGAGCUUUAAAACCCUUUUCCUUUCUUUAGAUGGAGAACUGCACUCAGCCAACAGUCAUAACCAAAGAUUUCUGCAUGGUGUUCUACUCUCGAGACGCUAAACUCCCUGCCUCCCGCUCCAUCCGAAACCUGUUUGGCACAGGAAGCCUGAGGGCAGCGGAGGGGUGAGUUGAACAUCUAAUUAUUAUUAGCAGAAACAUUCCUAGAAGAUGAUGGUUAAAUCAAUGGAAACAAUGGAAACAAUCCCAUUAGCUGUGUCUGUUCUCUGUCUGUCUUUCUCUCUGCAGUAACCGGGUGACAGGUGUGUACGAGGUCAGCCUAUGUCACCUGGCCGAUCAUGGGAGUCCAGGUGAGACACUUUCUCCAUCGCCUCUCCUCACUGUCUGUGUGUCUAUGUGUGUAUUUGACAUUGACGACAUUGCAGUCAGACUGCAAAGAAUGACUGAGCCACAAACCUCCUAGCAUCCUGAAAAGCUACUCAUUACGUGACCAAGAUGAAUGAUUCUGCCUUGCCUUGCUCAAACGGGAUCCCCUCAGAUAUGCUGCAUCACUGCUUCCCCCUUCACCCUUGACCUCUCGUGACCCCCCCCCCCCCCCCCCUACCCACCCAGGUAUGCAGAGGAGAAGUCGACGGGUGCUGGACACCUCGGUGGCGUACGUCCGCGGGGAGGAGAACCUGGCUGGGUGGAGACCUCGCAGUGACAGCCUCAUCCUGGACCACCAGUGGGAGCUGGAGAAACUCAGCCUCCUGCAGGAGGUAUGUGGUACUACACCCUACACCCUAUACAGUGCCUUCAGAAUGUACUCAGAUCCCUUGAUUUAUUCCACAUUUUGUUGUUACAGCCUGAAUUCAAAAUGGAUUAAACAUAUUUAAUUUCUCACCCAUCUACAAACAAUACCCCAUAAUGACAAAGUGAAAACAUGUUUUUAGAAAUGUUAGCAAAUUGUAGUAAACUACUAGUUAACUACAGAAAUAUCUAAUUUACUUAAGUAUUCUCACCCCGAGUCAACACAGUGGUUAUUCCUUUAAAAGUUGCAUCAUACCGCAGCACAGCUUGGUAUGGCAUGUUAGAGUGCAUGACGUCAUGGUAUUUUACUGUCAGCCAUUGUUGCCAUUAAUGCUAGUUUGACCACCAGAGGGCAUCUUUGAGAAGCUAAGUUAUUGAAAUUACACGGAGCUGUAGGCCUAAGAGUGCUGUUUACUGUAGCUGUUUUAAUUUACUUAUCAGCAUAAAGGCCUACUUCAAUAUACAGUAUAUCAAUCAAUCAUUCAUUUGUGCAUGCCAUCACACAGCAUGCAAUUCAUCCAUGUCUUUAAAAACAGUCAAGCAUUUUAGUUAUAAAAACGAAAUAACAAAGGGAGCCUUGAAUAAUUAAACAAUGAAUAAACUGCAACAUGUCGGCUAAAGCAAUUUAAUUCACGAAUGCAUUUGACUGUUUUUAAUAUUGGCUGCACUAGAGACUUAAUUUUUGUUGUUGUUGUUAGAACAGACUAUAUGGGAUUGAUUAUAAUUUGUUUGUAAAUUAUUCCUGUAUUUGUUGUGCAGUUUAUACUGUUAGAAAUGUAGCUUGAUUAAAUGGUUAAUAUUAUGGUGUUUCUAUUUAAAGAAAAACAAAAAUGCAUUUUACUUAGCCUAUGUAGGCCUCAGGGUGUCCGUUAGGAACAUAUGGCGCUGUACAAUGUGACUGGUCGGGAGUAGCUUAGUGGUAGUUUAGUGGUUAAGAGCGUUGUGCCAGUAACCGAAAGGUCGCUGGUUCUAAUCCCCGAGCCGACUAGGUGAAAAAUCUGUCGGUGUGCCCUUGAGCAAGGUACUUAACACUAAUUGCUCCUGUGAGUUGCUCUGCGUAAGAGCGUCUGCUAAAUGACUAAAAAUGUAAAAUGUAAAAAUGAGUAGGACUGGAAUACUAAGUGACUGUGAGUGAAGAACAAAAUAAUCCUAACAUUUCCACACACUAACCAAUACCCAAACUGAGAUUCACUGAAAAUACAAAUCUGAUUGGUUUAUCAAGACCAGUCCACAUGCUUGUCUCAAAGCAGCGCGAAAAACGGUGCUGAAUUAGUUGACCACACGCGAGUAGGCUAUUGCUUCAAAUCCUAUUACAACAAUUGGAUGACUUUGGGUGUUUCAGUAAGCAACAAUUUUGUUGCCUUCAAUUGCAUUAGCAUACUUUAUUCCAAUAUUUAUGUCAUUCAGUGAUAUUUAGUCCCAUAGUAAUUCGAUAUGGAUCCAUCCAGAUGUGGUUAGAAAACAGUGCAUGUGGUGGGCUAUGCAAAGAGAUGGGUGAAGUGAACAUUCAUUGUGGUCCUCUGUAGCUCAAUUGGUAGAGCAUGGCGCUUGUAACGCCAGGGUAGUGGGUUCGAUCCCCGGGACCACCCAUACGUAAAAAUUUAUGCACACAUGACUGUAAGUCGCUUUGGAUAAAAGCGUCUGCUAAAUGGCAUAUUAUUAUUAUAUAUAUAUAUUAUAUUAAUUAAUACAUUUAAAAAGUCCCUAAACUCAGCAAGAGUCUAUUGUCUUGCUGAUAGCCCAUCAAGGGCGGAUUGCUUCUUUUGUAUUCCAAUGUAUUGGAAAGACUGCUGACUGAUUUCCACCUGGCCCACAGCGUUGUUCUCCGCCCGACUCUCUACCAAUGCCACCAGAUUAUUCUCUCUAUUGUUGUUAUCUACAGUGCCUUUCAAAAGUAUUCAUCCCCCUUCGAGUUUUUCCUAUUUUGUUGCAUUACAACCUGUAAUUUAAAUUGAUUUUUAUUUUGGAUUUCAUGUAAUGGAAAUACACAAAAUAGUCAAAAUCCGUGAAGUGAAAUGAAAAAAAUAACUUGUUUCAAAAAAUGUGAACAAAAAUAUAAUGGAAAAGUGGUGCGUGCAUAUGUAUUCAGCCCCUUUACUAUAAAGCCCCUAAAUAAGAUCUGGUGCAGCCAAUUACCUUCAGAAGUCACAUAAUUAGUUAAAUAAAGUCCACCUGUGUGCAAUCUAAGUGUCACAUGAUCUCAGUAUAUAUACACCUGUUCUGAAAGGCCCCAGAGUCUGCAACACCACUAAGCAAGUAGUACCACCAAGCAAGCGGCACCAUGAAGACCAAGGAGCUCUCCAAACAGGUCAGGGACAAAGUUGUGGAGAAGUACAGAUCAGGGUUGGGUUAUAAAAAACUAUCAGAAACUUUGAACAUCCCACGGAGCACCAUUUAAAUCCAUUAUUUAAAAAAUUGAAAGAAUAUGGCACCACAACAAACCUGCCAAGAGAGGGCCGCCCAACAAAACUCCCAGACCAGGCAAGGAAGGCAUUAAUCAGAGAGGCAUCAAAGAGACCAAAGAUAACCCUGAAGGAGCUGCAAAGCUCCACAGCGGAGAUUGGAGUAUCUGUCCAUAGGACCACUUUAAGCCGUACACUCCACAGAGCUGGGCUUUACAGAAGAGUGGCCAGAAAAAAGCCAUUGCUUAAAGAAAAAAAUAAGCAAACACGUUUGGUGUUCGCCAAAAGGCAUGUGGGAGUCUCCCCAAACAUAUGGAAGAAGGUACUCUGGUCAGAUGAGACUAAAAUUGAGCUUUUUGGCCAUCAAGGAAAACACUAUAUCUGGCGCAAACCCAACACCUCUCAUCACCCCGAGAACACCAUCCCCACAGUGAAGCAUGGUGGUGGCAGCAUCAUGCUGUGGGGAUGUUUUUCAUCGGCAGGGGGUGAAUACUUUCACAAGCCACUGUAUUCGGCGUCAUUCCACAAGUAAAUGUAAUAAAUUAAACACCUACAUUAAAUAGCUCAGGUCUUGAAAAUAUGUGAAACCUUCUUAUUUUUUUAUUUUUUUGUGUUUUAUAGCUUCGCCAUCAACUUGUUAAUUUAGCAGACAUAACUUGCAUAAAUUCAGUCAAAACAUAUAUUUUAAGAAUAUAAUGGAAUAUAACAGACCAUUUUAUAAUAAUAAUAAUUUUAGUUUCUCUUAGAAUAAAAACCUUACAGUGCAACAACAGUUUUAGUAAUAAUUUAAGUUUAAGUUUAAGUAAUAAGCUACGGUCCAGUUACAAUUUCUUCUGACAAAGUAGAAACCAAAAAAAGUGUAUUUUUUUUAGUGUGCGCACGGGACAGAGGAAGAGCAAUUCUGACACUAUUGUUCUAAAUUCAAUCACUCUCUUCUUCUUCAUCCUCAUCAUUCAGUUGUAAUACAUUUUGUCACUCCUGUUCAACAACUCCAAAUCGCUUUUGCAUCUGCUCUAAUUAUAUAACUUGAAAUAACACUAUAUAGGUUAAUGAAAUAAUUGAACGUAAAAAUGUGAUUAUUUAUUAGACUAGUGGAUAUACAGUACCAGUCAAAAGUUUGGACACAUCUACUCAUUCAAGGGUUUUUCUUUAUUUGGACUAUUUUCUACAUUGUAGAAUAAUAGUGAAGACAUCAAAACUAUGAAAUAACACAUAUGGAAUCAUGUAGUAAACAAAAAAAGUGUUAAACAAAUUAAAGUAUAUUUUAUAUUUGAGAAUCUUAAAAUAACCCCCCUUUGCCUUGAUGACAGCUUUGCACACUCUUGGCAUUCUCUCAACCAGCUUCACCUGGAAUGCUUUUCCAACAGUCUUGAAGGAGUUCCCACAUAUGCUGAGCACUUGUUGGCUGCUUUUCCUUCACUCUGCGGUCCGACUCAUCCCAAACCAUCUCAAUUGGGUUGAGGUUGGGGGAUUGUGGAGGCCAGGUCAUCUGAUGCAGAACUCCAUCACUCUCCUUCUUGGUCAAAUAGCCCUUACACAGCCUGGUGGUGUGUUGGGUCAUUGUCCUGUUGAAAAACAAAUGAUAGUCCCACUAAGCCCAAACCAGAUGGGAUGGCAUAUCGCUGUAGAAUGCUGUGGUAGCCAUGCUGGUUAAGUGUGCCUUGAGUUCUAAAAAAAAUCACAGACAGUGUCACCAGCUAAGCACCCCCACACCAUAACACCUCCUCCUCCAUGCUUUAUGGUAGGAACUACACAUGCGGAGAUCAUCUGUUUACCUACACUGCGUCUCACAAAGACACAGUGGUUGGAACCAAAAAUCUACAAUUCUGACUCCAGACCAAAGGACACAUUUCCACCGGUCUAAUGUCCAUUGCUCGUGUUUCUUGGCGCAUUGGUGUCCUUUAGUAGUGGUUUCUUUGCAGUAAUUCGACCAUGAAGGACCUGAUUCACACAGUCCCCUCUGAACAGUUGAUGUUGAGAUGUGUCUGUUACUUGAAGUCUGUGAAGCAUUUAUAUUGGCUGCAAUUUUCUGAGGCUGGUAACUCUAAUGAACUUAUCCUCUGCAGCAGAGGUAACUCUGGGUCUUCCAUUCCUGUGGCGGUCCUCAUGAGAGCCAGUUUCAUCAUAGCGCUUGAUUGUUUUUGUGACUGCACUUGAAGAAACUUUCAAAGUUCUUGAAAUUUUCGGGAAUUGAUUGACCUUCAUUUCUUAAAGUAAUGAUGGACUGUCGUUUCUCUUUGCUUAUUUGAGCUGUUCUUGCCAUAAUAUGGACUUGGUCUUUUACCAAAUGUAGAAAAUAGUAAAAAUUAAGAAAGACCCUGGAAUGAGUAGGUGUGUCCAAACUUUUGACUGGUACUGUAAGUAUUUUAGACAUAUCAUGUGAAUAAGGCCUCAUGUAAAUUAUUUUCAAAAGCACAAGAGUUACCGUUGCAUGACAAACAGGUGCUGAUAGAUUACAAUAUAAUUGAUCUGUCAGUUUGGAACAGUGUAAACAAUACUAAAUCAAGUCUAAGUAAUACCACAGAGUCUGUUCUAAUGAAAAAAAUGUGUAAAGCCUUUAAUACAGCAUAGCAAAGUUUAAAAAUCAGCCAGAUUUGUGAAAUUGCUUCAUGACAUUUUGUGGUUGCAUGAGGCUUGGUGAUCACAAACACUCACAUAGGCAACAGAAGCAGGGACAGCAUAGGGCUGAGUGACUCACUCAUUCCUGGCUUUCGUUCAAAAUAAGUUAUAUUAUAAUGCAGGGUUAAAGGCACAUUCUUUUCUGAUUGUCUUUAGCAUGCAGUCUCUCCUCUCGCUACAGCUAAUUUCAUUUGAAAUAUUAUGUGGAUUAUAAUAAAUUAAUAUAUUUGUAGGGGUUGAUGCAUUUUUCGUUAGGGUAAAUCUGGUCUGUGAUAUUGAGUUAGAAAUGUAAAACUUUAGAGUACCUAAGCAUCGAAUACAUUGCAAGUUUGAACCUUUUUUGGCCGUUAGACUACUCUUUACAAUAGGACUCAACUCUGACUGACAUCUCUCAGUAGUCUAAACUGUGGCACAAAUUGGGGGAUUCUUCACACCUAGCCAAGCUAUUAGUCCUUUUGUAAAUUAAUGGAGGUGUGAAUGUUUCAGUCAGUCUCUCUCCUAUCGCACUAAAAAAUCAGCUGACGGGUGGUCCCGGAGUUGAGAGAGAAUAGCCGACUAAAUAAGCCAAGCCUAAAUGAAUACAUUAAAUUGUCUAAAUAAAGGAGUACAUUUCAUAACUAAUUGAAGUAGCUCAGAUCUUGAAAAUAUGGGCAACCCUUUUACCUCUCCCUAUCCUCGCUGGACUCUCUUUAAUAAUAUAGUAAUAAUAAUAUGCCAUUUUGAAAUUUUUGUUAUUGACCAAAUACUUAUUUUCCACCAUAAUUUGCAAAUACAUUUAUAAAAAAUCCUACAAUGUGAUUUUCUGGAGAAAAAAAAUUAUCUCAAUUUGUCUGUCAUAGUUGACGUGUACCUAUGAUGAAAAUUACAGGCCUCUCAUCUUUUUUAAGUGGGAGAACUUGCACAAUUGGUGGCUGACUAAAUACUUUUUUUCCCCCACUGUAAUAAUAAUAAUAAUAUGCCAUUUAGCCAAACAUCUUUCAUUCCGUUUCUUCUUCACAUCAGCAAAGAAGGACUUCGUGUUUCAGAAAUUAACUUUAAAUAGAGGGGCUAUCACUCUUUCACACUGUGGUAAAUAAAGCCAGUUUGUUAUUUAGAAUUAUGUCUGUCUGUUUUUAGUGGGAGAGAAACCAAAAGCCCGCUGUGCCUAUUUUUCAAAAAAAUCAUCAGUCCACUUGUCAAGUGUAAUUGCGGCAUUGUAUUUACCCAAGUUCUCUCUCAACUCCGGGACCACCCGCCAGCUAUUUUUUGUUGUUGUUGCCUGAUGCAGGAAUCUAGUGCCAGAGAAGAGAGACUCUUGGACUAAGACAUUCACACCUCCAUUAACUUAGUGUAACCGGUGUGAAAAGGCUAGCUAGUUAGCGGUGCGCGCUAGUAGCGUUUCAAUCGGUGACGUCACUCGCUCUGAGACCUUGAAGUAGUUGUUUCCCUUUGCUCUGCAAGGGCCGCGGCUUUUGUGGAGCGACGGGUAACGGUGCUUCAAGGGUGACUGUUGUCGAUGUAUUGCAGAGGGUCCCUGGUUCAAGCCCAGGUAGGGGCGAGGAGAGGGACGGAAGCAACACUGUUACAUUAGGAAAAGAUAGACAAUUUGUGUCACAGUUCAGACUACAACCGAUAGAUCAGCGUUCUGACUCCCCCUUGUGGUAGUGUGGUGCAAUGACAGAAUUACGCAAUUUACCACAAUCUGCCACCAUCUACCACAAAUGGUUGCGGCAUAAGCUCAACAUUUUUUCAUUUAUUGAGGAACCACUGUACUUUGUAGAAGCACCUUUGGCAGUGAUUCAAGCUUUGAGUCGUCUUCGGUGUGUCUGUAUCAGCUUUGCACAUCUGGAUUUGGGGAUUUUAUCACAUUCUUCCUCGCAGAUUUUUCUCAAGCUUUGUUAAGUUAGAUUGGGGAGGUAAACAGCAAUCUUGAAGUCUUUCCACAGAUUUUCAAUGGGAUUCAAGUCUGGGCUUUGGCUGGGCCACGCUCUUUAUUACAGACAGAAAUCCUCCUCAGUUUCAUCAGCUGUCUGGGUGGCUGGUCUCAGAUAAUAAUAAUAAUAAUAUGCCAUUUAGCAGACGCUUUUAUCCAAAGCGACUUACAGUCGUGCGUGCAUACACAGAUGAUCCCGGAGGUGAAGAAGCCGGAUGUGGAGGUCCUGGGCUGGCAUGGUUAUACGUGGUCUGCGGUUGUGAGGCCGGUUGGACAUACUGCCAAAUUCCCUAAAACGACGUUGGAAGCGGCUUAUGGUAGAGAAAUUAACAUUCAAUUACCCGACAACAGUUCUGGUGGACAUUCCUGCAGUCAGCAUACCAAUUGCACGCUCCCUCAAAACCUGAGACAUCUGUGGCAUUGUGUUGUGAGACAAAAUUGCACAUUUUAGAGUGGCCUUUUAUUGUCCCCAGCACAAGGUGCACCUGUGUAAUGAUCAUGCUGUUUAAUCAGCUUCUUGAUAUGCCACAACUUGUGAGGUGGAUGGAUGAUCUUGGCAAAGGAGAAAUGCUCACUAACAGCGAUGUUGGGGCACUAACAGCUCAGUUGUAGUCCUCCUGUAGCUCAGUUGGUAGAGCAUGGGCGCUUGCAACGCCAGGGUUGUGGGUUCGUUUCCCAUGGGGGGCCAUUAUGAAAAUGUAUGCGCUCACUAACUGUAAGUCGCUCUGGAUAAGAGUGUCUGCUAAAUAAAUUAAAAUGUAAAAAUGUACUAACUUCCUGCCUGGGGGCGGCAGGUAACUUAGUGGUUAAGAGCGUUGUGCCAGUAACCGAAAGGUCGCUGGUUCUAAUCCCCCGAGCCGACUAGGUGAAAAAUCUAUCGAUGUGCCCUUGAGCAAGGCACUUAACCCUAAUUGCUCCUGUAAGUCGCUCUGGAUAAGAGCGUCUGCUAAAUGACUCAAAUGUAAAAUGUAGGCUGUCUCGUUGUUGUUGGUGAUCUACCACUGGUGUGUUGUCAGCAAACUUGAUGAUAGAGUUGGAGUAGUGUGUAGUCAUGGGAGUACAGGAGAAGGCUGAGCACCCACCCCUGGGGGGCCCCCCAUGUUGAGGAUCAGUGUGGCGAAGGUGUUGUUGCCUACCCUCACCACCUGGGGGCGGCCCGUCAGGAAGUCUAGGUCCGAGUUGCACAGGGAGGGGUUAAGUCCCAGGGCCCUGAGACUAGUGAUGAGCUUGCGGGGCACCAUGGUGUUGAAAGCCGAGCUGUGGUCAACGGAAAGCAUCCAGGGUGAAUAGGGCGGGUGUGCAGUUUAGCGGCUAUUGCGUCAUCCAUGGGUCUGUUGGAUUUCCUCUUGGUCUAAUGGUAAAGACGUUGGUUUCUCCUGUGGGAGAGCUGGGUUCAUAUCCCGGCAGUUAUUUCAGUAAUGAUGUUUGUCUGGUUUGUUUCUCUACAGGUGGAGAAGACUAGACAUCACCUGCUCCUGAGGGACAAGUUAGAGUCCAGCCUGCUGCUGGCUCAGGAUGGGUUGUUGUCCUGUGUGAGUGAAGAGCAGAGUGAGUCCCCUCAGCCCUCUGAGGGCCACACCCAGGGCCCCACCCAGGGCCCCACCCAGGGCCCCACCGCAGAUGAGAGGCAGCGAGAGCUAGCCAUUAAGGUCAGUGUCUGUGUUCUUUAAAAACUUGAUAGAAGUUAGUUAUUAUUGUUGUUUCUCAAAUAUUCCCAUUCUUGCUCGAGUGUCCCUUUAAAAUGUUGUACGUGUGUGCCCAGUCAGCCUUGUCUUUAGUAAACCACUCUGGAUAAACAUUUGUGUAAAGCCCCUGAAGCUCUGAAACGUAAAGCACUCUCUUAUCUCUUUUCCACCAGUGUCUGCGGCUGCUCUCCCACUCCUUCAACAGAGAGUACAGCCACGUGUGUGUCAGCGCCAGUGAAAGCAAGGUAGGCCUCCUCCUACUUUACAUGUCUGUAUGCUGUAUAUAUAUAUAUAUAUAUAUACUGUAUACUGUAUACUGUAUACUGUUUGAAGUACUUAGAUUUGAGGAAACUAUGAAUAGGUAAGUGACAGGUUAUCAUUUUUCUCAGUGAGCUUUUUCCAGACAUGCUGUUUGUGUGUGUGCGUGUGUGUGUGUGUGUGUGUGUGUGUGUGUGUGUGUGUGUGUUUCCAGCUGUCUGAGAUGUCAAUGACUCUGCUGAGGGAGUCGACCUCUGCCACGGCCCUCAACACCCUCACCCCCUCCUCGACAUGCCCCUCACUGGUGGAGGGAUGCUACCCCAAGACUGAAGGACUC